AUGAGGCUCCUUGUCCCGCGCAUGGCGGCCGUGAGGCUCCAGCCGCGGACUGGUUCCCCCGCCUUACGGAGAUGGAACUCGACCGCCAGCUCCAAGACGCAGCAGCGCGAGCCCGAGUCGUUCUUCACCCCCGCGCCCGGAGACGACAAGCCGUUCAUGGUCACGACCCCGAUCUUCUAUGUUAACGCGUCCCCGCACAUCGGCCACCUGCACAGCAUGGUGCUGACGGACACGUUUGCGCGGUUCUCGGCGCUGCGCCAUCCCGACCGUCCCGUCCUCUUCAGCACCGGCACGGACGAGCACGGCAUGAAGAUUCAGCAGGCGGCGGCGAAGGGUGGAAUGAGUGAGAAGGAGUUCUGUGACGAGGUGUCGCAGCGGUUCCGAAACCUCGCCGACAAGGCCGAGACGGGCUACACCGACUUUGUGCGUACAUCCGAGGAGCGGCACUACGCGGCCGUGGACGCGUUCUGGGCGCGUCUCAAGGCAUCCGGCUCCGUGUACAAGGGCACGCAUGAGGGGUGGUACUCUGUCAGCGACGAGUGCUUCUACAGCGAGCAGCAGAUCGAGAAGGCCGACGACGGCAAGAUGAUCGCGACCGAGACGGGCAACGAGGUCGUGUGGUCUGAGGAGGAGAACUGGAAGUUCCGUCUGGGCGACUACAAGGACCAGCUGCGCGAGUGGCUGCAGCGUGAUGAAGCGGUGCACCCCUGGCCGAUGCACGCCAACAUUGCCCGGCAAGUCGACGGCAUGGGCGAGCUGUCCAUCUCGCGUCCGGCCUCUCGUGUGAAGUGGGGCGUGCCCGUCCCCGGCGACCCGAGCCAGACGAUCUAUGUCUGGGUCGACGCCUUGAUCAACUAUCUCACCGUCGCCGGUUUCCCGGGCGAGAUGCCCGCCUGGCCUGCCGACAUGCACGUCGUGGGCAAGGACAUCAUCCGCUUCCACGCCCUGCACUGGCCCGCGCUCCUCAGCGCGGCCAAGCUGCCCCUUCCUAAGCGAGUCCUCGCCCAUGCUCACUGGACGAUGGGCAACGCGAAAAUGUCCAAAUCGAGGGGAAACGUCGUCGACCCCAUCGCGGCCAUGGACCACUACGGCCCCGACGCGGUGCGGUGGUACCUCAUGCGUUCGGGUGGAAGUCUGGAGGGGGACAGCGACUACAGCGCCGGCGAGCUAUCAAAGGCGCAUGCAAAGCUGGGCGCGCAGCUCGGAAACCUGGUCCAGCGCAUUCUGGCCCCCAAGCUUCUCGCCGGCGUCGGAGAGUCCUUUGAGCGCGACGCGGACAUGGACGCGACGCUCUCGGUGCUGCCGGAGGCGAUCGAGCGGCGGUUCGAGGGAUACGAGCUCACGGCCGCUGUCGGCGCGCUCGAGGCCGCGCUGGCGGAUGCGAACCGCUUCUUCUCCGACAACGAGCCGUGGGCCAAGACCAACACGACGCGUGAGAUGGCGUACGCGUACGCCACCCUCCGCAACGUGGGUAUUCUCUCCCGCCCCAUCAUUCCGGGCAAGAGCGAGGAGCUCCUAGACCGUCUCGGCGUGCCCGCCGACGAGCGCGGGUGGAAGGACGCACAGUGGAACGGAGAGCUUGAUGUCGUCGAGAUGAAGCGCAGGCUCGAGGAGGCAGGCAAGAAGUUCAAGGGCACGACUCUCUUCCCCCGUAUCGACGAUAAGACCUGA